UCAAAGGCCUUGGAAAAUAAUAUUAUUUAAAACGUCAGAGUAGUCAGUGUAUUGUAUAAUUCCAAAUUUCUUGUUAUCACAUCGAGUAAAUGGGACGCAAAAACCACAAGACUAGAAGGAAGGUCAAAGUGCACUCGAACGUCCAGCUUCCUCAGAAAAUCAAAGUGAAGCUGCCGAAAGAACAUAAACGCAGCACUCUUCGUCCCAAGAUUCAGAACUCGAAGGUUUUCCACGUUAACUGCUGCAAGUACAAGAUCCGUUCGAGACCCAUGAGAUGCAAUCAGUGCAACCUGGCCACGCAGUGCCCCUCCCGCACGGUCGCCCUCGCUCCGUCUGUGCCGCUCCUGCAUCAUCCUGUCCGGCGGAAGGUGGUCCAUAUGCCGGAAACCGUGGUCAUGCAAAUGCGGAAUAUGGAGAACGCCCGCCGAGUGGCGGAUAUGCACAGAAGAACCCUUAUUCAAACAUAUGUUCCCUCGCCGGAUAAGGAUGAUGACGAAGAUACACACCAAAUCGAUCGGAGGUCAAGGCAAGUCUAUAGGAGAGACCGACAGAGACCCUUAUCCAGCGACUUGGAUGUGAAUGACAUGGACUUGGACCCGUUUCAGUAGGGAUGUGUGUUGGAAAUAUAGUUGCCAAUCCAAAUAACCCGUGAGACGAGGGAUUCCGUUGCCACUUCUAACUAGUUGCUUCGCCCCAUGGGCAUAUCGUGAUCAUCCAUAAAACCACGCCACUCCGCCAGUCUCCCCGCCCACCCAAGCUGUCCAGGACAAUUAAUUUUGCCCCGGCUUGUCAGCUUAUUGUUUAUCUACAUAACUACGGAACACGAAGAGAACAGAGAACAGAGGACGACUGCCCUGAGCUGUCGUGUCAUUUAUUCAGCUGCUCCGACCGGGCUCGACUUUCGAUAUCCUUUGGGCCGCGGUGCAGUUGCCACACCAUUUAUGCCAUUAAGUCAUUAGCUUUGUUUAACAAAUAACAAACUGUCAAUGAGUGAUUAA